AUGAUGAUGAUGGAUGAGGCAGUAAGUCUCUGGAGGCACCUUGUGGCAACCUACAAUCCGUACGUCAUCGACGUCGUCGGCGCCUUCGUCAUCCAGAACAUCUUCUGGUGGCUGCCUUGCAUAGUCUUCGUCUCCCUUGACCGCAUCGCCCCGUCCUUCUCCGAGCGCCACAAGAUUCAGCCGGCGCCGAAGCAGCCCACGGCUGCCGAGAUCUGGCACGCUGCCGUCGUCUCGCUCCGAAACCAGGUGCUCGUCACAGCGCUGCACGUUGGCCUCAGCUACGCCUCCCACGCACAGGGUGAGCCUCCCUUGCUCCGUGUCGAGGCCAGCUUGCCCUCGCUCGGCGAGGUCGUUCGCGACUUCAUCGUUUGCGCCGCGGCCCGCGAGGUGCUCUUCUACUACGCCCACCGCCUGUUCCACGUUCGCUCCCUCUACCGACGCAUCCACAAGACGCAUCACAAGUUCACGGCCCCCGUCGCCUUUUCCUCGCAGUAUGCGCACCCCAUCGAGCACAUCGUCGCCAACACGUUGCCCAUCGCCCUGCCGCCCCUGCUACUGCGCUCCCACAUCCUGACCAUGUGGAUUUUCGUCGCCUGGCAGCUCGUCGAGACGGCCACCGUCCACAGCGGGUAUGACUUCUUCCACGGCGCCGCCCGCAAGCAUGACAGGCACCACGAACGCUUCGACGUCUACUUUGGAGGCAUAGGCAUCCUAGACUGGCUGCAUGGCACCGACGAAGCCGGCGCGAGGUCUAGCAAGGGUGGGAAGGCGGAAUGA